AUGGCGUCCUUGCAGUCUUCCACCGUGCCCCGCUAUUUGACCGGAGACAAGGCCGGUCUCCGCGAGUUUCUCGACAAGUUCGAUGUCUUCCUCUUCGACUGCGAUGGUGUACUCUGGUCCGGCGAUCACUGCUUCCCUGGAACAGUUGAGACUCUUGAACUACUCCGGAAGAAUGGCAAGCAAGUGGUAUUCGUGACAAACAACAGCACCAAGUCCCGCGCAGACUACUGCAAGAAAUUGGAGGGACUCGGAAUCCCAAGCACAGUUGAAGAGAUCUUUUCCUCCUCAUACAGCUCCUCUAUCUACAUCUCACGCAUCCUGCAGCUACCGGAGAAUAAGCGCAAGGUUUUCGUCAUCGGCGAGACAGGUAUUGAGCAGGAAUUGCGCUCCGAGAAUGUUCCUUUCAUCGGUGGCACGGAUCCCGCAUACCGCCGCGAGAUCACACCGGCGGAUUACAAGCUCGUUGCUGCGGGCGACGAAUCCAUUCUCGACCCUGAGGUUGGCGUUGUGCUCGUUGGUCUCGAUUUCCACAUCAACUACCUGAAGCAUGCCCUGGCUUACCACUAUGUCAAGCGGGGCGCGAUCUUCUUGGCUACGAACAUCGAUUCGACGCUGCCGAGUUCGGGGGCUUUAUUCCCUGGCGCGGGAUCGAUGAGCGCGCCGCUGAUUAUGAUGCUUGGACAGGAACCUACUGCUUUGGGUAAGCCGAGUCAGGCGAUGAUGGAUGCGAUCGAGGGCAAGUUCCACUUCGAUCGUAGCCGCGCCUGUAUGAUUGGAGAUCGGGCCAAUACGGAUAUUAGGUUCGGCUUGGAGGGCAAGCUGGGUGGAACGCUUGGUGUUUUGACUGGCGUGAGCUCGAAAGAGGACUUUGUAUCUGGUCCUGUUCGGCCCCAUGCGUACUUGGAUAAACUCUCUGAUCUGCUAGAAUCGGAUUCUUGA